AUGCCAACCAGCUUCUACAACGACUCCAGCGACAACCUGUCACUCGCCUCCCAACUCUCCCCUGGGUAUCCCUCGACAAACGCUCGACCCGGCCCCGGUACGGCGCCUCAAGACUCGCCCGAUGCCGCCUACUUUAACGACAGCCGACGGCCGUCGGCUGCUAGCAUUCUCACGGCCAGCAGUCAGGGCUCCAAGACUAGCGUGACGCGUGGUGGCUUUCGGAAACUUCAAGGCUUCUUUGGCGAAGAGUUUCCUGGUCGCGACAGCUCCGAGAGCAGCCUACCCACUUCGUUUAUGGGCAAGGACCAGCGUCAGCGCUCCUACAGUCACAGCCGCCCCACCCAGCGAGAUCGUAACUACUCCAAUGCCACCGAUCAUACUCGAGAUGCUUCUCCCUCUUCCUCCAGGCCUAGAACUCCGGUCCCUGCACCAGAAGUGGUCCCUUUUUUGUAUCAAGAUAACAAUGACAUCGCACGAUACGGCGAGGCGCCCGUUCGAGACAUCUUAACCGGACCCGAUCGAGAACGAUACAUGCCUGACGGAACCUCCCAAGUCCCACCCAAGACUUCUUCGUCCUCCCGCUCCGCCCAUUCCAUCGUCCACGGCCACCAUCACCAUCGUCACAAUAAGAGCAAUGAAGAUCCUCGAACCUUGAGGCCGACCAUUAGCAGGGAAGAUACACCUCUUGGGGGCUCGUUUUCGCGUGACCGCGGAGCAGGCUCAUCAGCAGCCAUGUAUUCGACAAGAUCCAGAGGGCAGAGCCCGACACCGAGUAAUAGAAGCGCUGGGCCGUCCUUUAGCUCAAAGUCAAGUCAGGUGGAUGGACAGACGUCGCCAGGCCAUCAUGGGAAGCGUGGGCUGCUUAACCGGCUCCGACGACACCACAAAGACAAGGAUGAUACUGCGCGACUUCGUGACCUACCUCAAUCGACAAAGUCUCUCCAGACAAAAACCUCAAAGUCGGACUUCCGACCUGAGCUAUCACCCUCGGUCUUCCCUCCCGUGGGCCCAUUGGGACUGGAGCACAGCGAAAGCUUCGACAUGCGGCACGGUAACCAGCGCGGUGCGACCUUCAACAACAAGUUUCCCUUCUCGAAGAAAGCACGGAUUCGACCCCAUGACUUUGGCGAGGAGUCGAUUGGUCCGACAGAUCGCAACGACCCUAACAAUGGCUUUCAUCUCGACACCAACCUUAACGACAUGGAGGGUAUCUUGUCGAAGCCGCCGCAACUUGUGCCAAUGGACGUCAGUUACGUCAACGCUCUGGAAAUCGACCGUGCCGACUCCAUUAUUUCAGUAGCUCCCAAAGGACGUUGGGAUGCUCCAGACAGCUGGGCUGUGAGGCGGAACACCGAGGACAAUUCGUACAGCGCCCCCGAUGUCGACGAAGUUGGAAGCCCACCUAGACCAGAGGAGAAGGCGGCAUCGUUCUGCAUCCGAAUCUUCCGUUCCGACGGGACAUUUUCCACUCACUCGAUGCCGCUGGAUUCUAGCGUCACCGACGUCAUUUCUCAGGUCAUUAAGAAGACAUAUGUUGUCGAUGGCCUGGAAAACUACAAUAUCAUCAUGAAGAAGCACGACCUGAUUCGUGUCCUCCUGCCUCCUGAACGACCCCUCUUGAUGCAAAAGCGGCUCCUACAACAAAUCGGAUACGAGGACAAGGACCGGAUAGAGGACCUCGGACGAGAGGACAACAGCUAUCUCUGUCGGUUCAUGUUCUUGUCUGCUCGGGAAAGUGAUUUCCACGCGAAGACAACCGACAUGGGCCUCGCUCGUGCUCAAAAACUCAACUACGUUGAUCUUUCGGGGCGUAAUCUCAUCACUAUACCCAUCUCCCUUUACUCCAAAGCCCCGGAGAUCAUUUCCCUAAACCUCUCCCGCAAUCUCUCACUCGACGUUCCUCGCGAUUUCGUUCAAUCUUGCAAAAACCUUCGAGACAUCAAAUUCAAUAACAAUGAGGCAAGGAAGCUACCGCCAAGCUUGAGCCGGGCAGGGAAAUUGACAUUCCUCGAUGUUGCCAACAAUCGCCUAGAGCAGCUGGAGCACGCUGAACUUAAUACCUUGUCUGGGUUGUUGAAGUUGAACCUCGCGAACAACCGACUCAAACACCUCCCACCAGAUUUCGGCGCGUAUAAGUCUCUGAGGACUCUGAACAUAUCCUCCAACUUCCUCGACAAAUUCCCUUCAUUCUUGUGUGACUUGGAGAGCCUUGUUGACCUGGACCUCAGUUUCAACGGGAUUGCUAGUCUCCCCAACGAAAUUGGCAACCUGAAGAACCUAGAGCGGCUAUUGAUAACCAACAAUAGGCUCACGCAUAGUGUUCCGCCCACGUUUGGACAACUCAUCAGUUUGCGCGAACUCGACAUUAAGUACAAUGGCAUCUCGAAGAUCGACACCAUCUCGGAGCUCCCCAAGCUGGAGAUUCUCUCUGCUGACCACAAUUGCAUCUCUGCCUUUGUGGGACAGUUUGAGGCGAUUCGGCAGUUGAAACUGAAUUCGAAUCCUCUCAACAAAUUCGAGAUCGUGGAACCGGUGCCAACAUUGAAGACCUUGAACCUAUCCAAUGCUCAGCUGGCCAGUAUUGACUCAUCCUUUACGAACAUGAUGAACCUGGAACACUUGAUUUUGGAUAAGAACUAUUUUGUGUCGUUGCCCCAGGAAAUCGGCACUCUGAGCAAGUUGGAGCACUUCAGCAUAGCAAACAACUCCGUGGGAGAACUUCCGCCUCAAAUCGGAUGUCUGACGGAGCUGCGGGUGCUAAAUGUCCGAGGCAACAACAUUUCAAAGUUGCCGAUGGAGCUCUGGUGGGCCAACAGGCUAGAGAUCUUCAACGCCUCUUCGAAUGUUCUCGAGCACUUCCCGAAGCCGGCGUCUAGAGCGCCCCGAGUACCCGGAGAGGAGUCACAACCCCCCCCAGUGGCGAACGGUAGAACCGCGCCUCUAGGCACCUUGUCAGCCACUGCGAGUUCAGAGGAGCUUUCCGAUGAUCGAAGACCGAGCGCAAACUCGAGUACGCUCUUGAGCGUUGGCCCAUCUCCUCUUAAUGACCGAAAGAGCUCCGUCGUGUCUGUCUAUGGGAAGGGUGGCCGGAAAACGUCAGUCGUGUCGAGAUCGACUACGGCAUCCACGGCUACAAGGAAGGAUUCCGGUCUCUCAUCAAGGAUGACGAAUACUUUUGCUGGAUCCUUGCGAAACUUGUACUUGGCCGACAAUCGGCUUGACGAUGACGUGUUUGAUCAGCUCACACUCCUCUCAGAACUUCGGGUUCUCAACUUGUCGUACAAUGACGAGAUUGGCGACAUGCCACAGCGAUCAAUCAAGAGUUGGCCACAGCUCGUUGAACUCUACCUCUCAGGGAAUGGCUUGACAACACUGCCAGCUGAUGAUUUGGAAGAGUCCAGUCUUCUUCAGGCUUUGUACAUCAAUGGCAACAGAUUCACCAAUCUGCCGGCAGAUAUCUCGAGGGCGAAGAACCUUGCGGUGCUGGAUUGUGGAAACAACUUCCUCAAGUACAACAUCUCUAACGUGCCCUACGACUGGAAUUGGAACCUGAACCCCAACCUGAGGUAUCUGAACCUUUCUGGAAACAAGCGCCUGGAGAUCAAACAGACAGCUGCACCAAGUGGACCUGGCGCUGUCAACCGAGAGGAGUACACCGACUUCAGUCGUUUGAUGAACUUGCGAGUGCUAGGACUGAUGGAUGUCACUCUUACUUCACCCAGUAUCCCUGACCAGAGCGAAGAUAGACGUGUCCGUACCUCGGGUUCACUCGCGGGCCACCUUCCUUAUGGAAUGGCGGACACUCUAGGAAAGCAUGAGCACUUGUCAACUGUCGAUCUAGUCGUACCUCGGUUCAACUCCUCCGAGACGGAAAUGCUUUUGGGCUUGUUCGAUGGACAAGCUCUAUCUAGUGGAGGAUCGAAGAUUGCCAAAUAUCUCCAUGAGAACUUUGGUCACAUCUUUGCAAUCGAAUUGAAAGCACUUAAGACGCGCUCCAAUGAGACACCGGUUGACGCUCUGCGCCGCGCAUUCCUGGCCCUGAACAAGGAUCUGGUUACCAUUGCGAUUCAACACUCCGAGGAGCGUCCGCAGAAAACGCAUAGGGGCUCUGGCCAACCCGUCAUUCUCACGAAGGAAGAUCUCAACUCAGGUGGUGUUGCUACAGUCGUUUACCUGCAGAAUACAGAACUCUAUGUUGCGAACGUGGGCGAUGCUCAGGCGAUGGUGAUCCAGACCGAUGGAAGCCACAAGAUUCUGACCCGGAAACACGACCCCGCUGAACCGACUGAACGAUCACGGAUCCGUGAAGCUGGAGGCUGGGUAGCUCGAAACGGCAGAUUGAACGAUCUUCUCGAGGUUUCUCGGGCAUUCGGCUACGUUGACCUGAUGCCAGCAGUACAAGCCGCGCCAUACGUGAGCAACAUGACGCUCCGGGAGCAAGAUGAUAUCAUCUUGAUCGCCACUCGAGAGCUCUGGGAAUACCUGUCACCUGGCCUGGUGACCGACAUCGCAAGGGCAGAGCGACAAGAUCUCAUGCGGGCAGCUCAGAAGCUUCGUGACCUUGCGAUAUCAUAUGGCGCCUCGGGCAAGAUCAUGGUCAUGAUGAUCAGUGUCGCUGACUUGAAGCGGAGAGUCGAGCGAUCGCGACUUCAGCGUGGCACUAGCAUGUCACUGUACCCAUCCGGUAUUCCCGACGCAGCCCAGGUUCUGUCUACAAGAAGGGGCCGCAAGGGCAAAGGUGGUGUCUUGGAUUCCUCGCUCGAUCGUCUCGAGGCGGAGAUUACAGCUCCUACUGGCAACGUUUCAAUCGUUUUCACGGAUAUCAAGAACUCAACCAACCUGUGGGAGAUGUACCCGAGCGCGAUGCGGUCCGCCAUCAAGCUUCAUAACGAAGUCAUGCGUCGGCAGCUGCGUCGUAUUGGUGGGUACGAGGUCAAGACUGAAGGUGAUGCGUUCAUGGUGUCAUUCCCUACUGCUACAUCCGCGUUGCUUUGGACCUUUGCUGUUCAGAUGUCACUUUUGGAAGUAAGCUGGCCGUCGGAAGUACUCAACUCUGUCUCUUGUCAACCAGUUUAUGAUAAGGAUAACAGCCUGAUUUUCAAGGGGUUGUCCGUGCGAAUGGGUAUUCAUUUUGGAGACUGCGUCAGCGAGACGGACCCGGUCACUCGCCGUAUGGAUUACUUUGGACCCAUGGUAAACAAGGCGGCGCGAAUCUCGUCGGUGGCAGAUGGCGGUCAGAUCACCGUCUCGACCGACUUCAUCUCUGAGAUACAGCGAUGUCUAGUCAACUACCAAGACGUGGACCGUGCCACCUCAGGAUCUGAAGACACCUUUGACGAGGAGUCGUUUGCGACUGCGAUUCAAAAAGACCUCAGGUCUCUGACCUCGCAAGGAUUUGAAGUCAAGGAGAUGGGCGAGAAGAAGCUAAAGGGACUGGAAAACCCAGAAGUCGUCUACUCACUCUACCCGCAUGCCUUGGCUGGCCGCAUCGAGACUCACCAGCAGCACGAGAGACGGGAGGACGGUCCCGACAAGCCUGCUUCUCUUGCCCCGGGAGGUGAACUUUCAUUCGACCCCGACAUGAUCUGGACCCUCUGGCGUGUCAGUUUGCGUCUGGAGAUGCUUUGCAGCAGUUUGGAGGGCGCCCCGGGCAGCAAUAUGGUGCUUCAACCACCCGAGACGGAACUGCUUGAGAGGAUGAAGCAACGGGGAGGUGAAAUCACCGAUCGAUUCUUGAUCAACUUCAUGGAGCAUCAAGUUAGCAGGAUAGAGACUUGUAUCUCUACUCUAGCGAUGCGACACCUUGCUGUUGGCGGUGGCACUUUCAGUUUGCUUGAAGAGCUUGCCGGACCGAUGUCUGACAUCUUGAGCCACUUCCUCUCUCAACAAAAGCAACUGAAGCGUUACAAGAAGAAAUAUGGCAAAUUGCCAAGCAUCUCCAGCGGAAGCGAGGAUGACGAAAUCGAUGAAGACGAAGACGAAGACCAAGACGACUCUACAGUCGACGGGAGCGAAACUGAGUAG